AUAAUUAUUGCGUUGAGUGCGCAACGAACAUCCAAAUGGCUCGGCGGAUAAGAGUGAACCAAGAGCCUUAUAAUGGAUUUCUUCUGCCAAGUCAGAUACCGCAGCUGAACCCUGUGAAUACGUAUUACACGACAGACAGCCGGUGUAAACGAUAUUUUUGUGCUGUUUGUGGAGAUUGCCACCCGGUGAACACAGACUGCACUCAACGCAUCACAGAAUGGUUGACUGGGACCACCUUACCAGACGCAUUGCAUCGAUCACUGGAAGCAAAUAUCAUCGAUUCUUACACACAGAUGCGUUUUCAAAAGGCAAAACAGGUGGAGAAAAGCGCCUGUGACAUUGUUUAUAUGGAGAGUGAGCGCAGAAAAAAUGAGGCAAAUGCACUGUCACCAUGCUGAAACUCGGUAUAUUCUCUCCAUUUUUCAGCAUUUAUUUUCAACGAUGGUUUUGUAAAUUGAGUUCAAUUUUUUAGUCCAAAAGCUUUUUUGUUUUAAAUGUUCUAGAUCCACAAAAACCUUGGCGCCUAUUCACAGAGGGCCUAUUGCUGCACCAUCUCCAGCUGGGAGGUGUGCCGUAUUAUCUUGUUCAUCUGUUGCAAAUCAGAAACAAUAGUAGCAGGAUUGAUAGUACCGACGGUGCGCACUAAAUUUCACUUGUGUUAAUACACAGCGAUCAGACUGGUGCCGCGGCCGUUGUGAAC